AUGACGAAGGACACCACACCGCCUCCUCCAGAAACCAUCACAUCCACCGCUCCCACCGCUGCCCACGAACCCCCGUCACUCCCCGCUUCACCGCUCCCUAAGAGAACAAAAACCACCACCACCACCACCGACAGCAACGCCGUCUCGUCGAGCAUUGCCUCCGUCAUGGCUUCUACAAACGGCAAUGGCACUGCCGUCACCUCCAUCUCCCAGCCCCAGCCUUCGCUCCUGGUGAAGAAGUUGGUCGAGUCCGCGAAAGCCCCGACUCGCGGUUCUGCCUUUGCCGCAGGAUAUGACCUCUACAGCGCCAAGGAGACUGUGAUCCCAGCGAAAGGAAAGGGACUGGUCGACACUGGGCUAGCCAUUGCAGUUCCCGAAGGCACAUACGGCCGUGUUGCCCCGCGAAGCGGACUCGCUUCUAAAAACUUCAUCGACACUGGAGCCGGCGUUAUUGAUGCUGACUACCGAGGUGAAGUCAAAGUGUUGCUCUUCAAUUUCUCUGACGUCGAUUUCACUGUCAAGGCAGGAGACCGUGUUGCCCAGCUUGUUUUGGAAAGGAUAUAUACCCCUGAAGUUCUGGUUGUGGAACAACUGGAAGAGAGCAUUCGCGGCGCGGGAGGCUUUGGCAGUACCGGAAAAUAG